UUAAGAAAUAAUUAUAAGAAUAAUAAAAUUAUUUGGAGUAAUGAACCAGGUUCCAAACACACAGAAAAGGAAAAGCAAAAUUAAUCAGAUGAGAGAGAAUAAUUUGAAAAAUUUCCUCAAGAAUAACUUCAAGACUACAAGAAAAGCUAAAGAUCUGGAGAGGAAUUUAGGGUAUAAUACGAUUGAUACGAAGAUGAAUUUUGAGAAUGCGGGUUAUACAAAAAUGUACAGAGGUCUUAUAAACAUAAAAGAAAAACGAAUGAGCCAUACUAAUAGCGUAAAACAGCUGGAUGAGACCAAGGAGUCCUUCCCAGUCAUCCAGAUAGGCACCAGGAAUCCAGCACAAGAUAGGUUUAUUAAUGAACAUCUGAACAACCAUAAACUCAAGAAAAUGUCCACUCUUUCGAAUAUGCUGGUCAGGAAGGAAGAGACAUUAGAUGGCAACUGGACUAUGAAGGAGAAGAAGUUCCAAAACCAACGGAAAAGAUUGCUGAGUAAACCAUCUGACUCGAUGCCAUUUGAUCUAAAUCAUUAUAUUAAGCAUUUCGCUAACAUCAAUACUAAAAUGGAUAAGGUCUUCGUCAAGAAUAUCAAGAGGAAGAGCAAAGCAGUGAGCCAACCAAGGCUAAAUACUGAGAACAUUCAACUAGUUUCUCCUAAAUUUCAUAUUCCUUCUGGAUUAAAGAGCAGGAGGCAGAUCUUUAACGAGUUUUAUGAAUCAAGAAAAUCAAAUUCAAAUUACAGGGCGAAAUAUCUGAGGAAAUUUAAUAACUACGCUAUUGGAGAUAAGGAUUCUGCAACAGAAUCUAAUGAGAGUAGUAUCACAAAUCCAGAAUUAAGCAUGGCUAAGAUGUCUUCGUCACUAAAUAUCUCCAGGAAAUCUAGCGGGAAGUCUCUUGUAUCGAACGAAUCAAUGAGUUCCCAGAGUCGGAAAUCUAUGUACUCCAAGAAGGGGCACAAACAAAAGAGUAGAUUCAAUCGUAAGAAAUUCAAGAAGCCAGAGGAAGAGAAGUCCCUGAAGGAUAACCCUAAUUUCUUCGAGAUCAGUAAUGGUGGCAUCAAGCAGCUGAAACUUUAUGAAAAAUCAAAGAUUAAUGGAAGGACUCCUUUUGAGAUUUGUUAUAACAGAACCCAAAUGGCUGGCUCAGAAGGAAAUAUUGAUGAAAAUCUUUACAUUGCUGAUUACCUCAUUAACAACAUUGAUUUCUUCAAGAUGAAGCAGAUUGAUAUUAUGCCUUACAUUGCCAGAAAGUUGAAGGCUAUUCGAUACAAUCCUGGUGAUGUAAUCAUCCGCAAAGGAGACGAUGGUGAUUGCAUGUACAUUCUGUAUAAAGGCAAAAUCAAAAUUAUAUGGGGUGACGAGUCAAAAGGUCAGUUUGUAGAGAAGGAUUCCGGAUUCAGUUUCGGAGCAGAUGCUUUGCUUGAUGAUGCUAAGAGAAGCGCCACUGUGGUGGCCACAAGUGUUUGCGAUACACUUGUUGUCCUCAAAACAGACUUUAAUAAAUGUAUUAAGGACACAGAGAAGCUGCAGAAAUUAGAAACUUUCAAGUACCUAAAAGAGAUGGAUUUUUUCAAAUAAGUGGACUUUUGAAGACCUGCUGUUAUUUAAUGAAAAGCUGAAGCCUUUACAAUACAAGCCUGAUCAAAAAGUUUACGUUCAAGGUGAAAAUACCAAUAUGAUUUAUAUCGUAUUCAAGGGCACACUUGUAAUGCAAUCAGACCUUGACCUGGAUCUCUUUUACAAAUAUCCAGGAGGGAAGAACAAGUGGAUGGUUACAAAAAUGACUCGAAGAGUAAGGAGCAAGAUUAAGGAACUUCAUGAUGGCGACAUCUUCGGUCAUGAAGACUUUAUCCUCGGUACGAUGAGGUCUUCAACAGUCUACUCUAAGCAUGAAUCAAAAGUUUUCUACUGUAAAACAGAUGAUAAUGAUAAGAUCCUCUCUAAGGAGAAAUUCAAUCAGAUGAAAUAAUGUCUUUCCUCCAGUAAAUUUCCAGAAGAUAGGGCAGAGCAUAAUUGAAAGCUUUGAUAUGAUCAAAAAGUACUCAAAUAGUUUCCUCUCAGGGAUAAACAUCAAUUACAUCCCUGACUCGUCAAGGGAUAAUUUCCAUGGAGAUACGAGACUGAAGAAACUCAGACCCUGGAUGGACAGGGCUAAGAACAGUAAGAAUAGUAUUUCAGGGAGUCUUGUUGAGAUGAAAAAUAACAACACUAUUUUGUAUACCAAAUACAGUUACUUUGAGGUUGAGAGAGACUCCGUAUUUACCCCAGUUAUUACUGUUGUGGGCAUUCCUUCUAAGAAGAAGGACGAAGAUGGAGAAGACCAGCAGUAGAUCUCU